AAACCCAUCGUUUAUCAAGUUUGUUUUACAGGAAAGGAAUGUAAGGAUGAUGAUAAAAACUGUUACGACUGGAUUUUAAGUGAUCGCAGCCUUUGUAAAACUGUAGACUAUAUCGUCAGAAGUUGCAAAAAAUCUUGUAAUUCAUGCGAAUUUGAUGUGAAGUACUUGCCAUUCAAUCUUCGACCACUGGCCUGGCUUGUAGGCAAAUGGAGAUCAGAGCACGGUGGUAAAGCAAUUUUUCCGACCAUACCAACUUUCACUUACGGUGAACAAAUCGAGUUCUCAAUUCCGUCAAUGAAUAUGAAAGCAAUCAAGGCACUAAAUUACACAGCGUUUGCAUGGGGAAUCAAUGAUAUGAACGAACUGCACAGCGAAUAUGGCUAUAUUACAAUGAAACCGCGAACCAACAUUGCCUCACUAACUACAGUUAUGGACAACGGAUUUGUCACUAUUGAAGAAGGACCUGUCAGAAACAACAAGGUUGAACUGCGGCUUUACAACAUCGGUAGGAUCAGUUUUAGUCGUGACCUUCCGGUACACAAUUUGCUCCGUGAAUGGGCACUAGUGGACAGUAGAACGCUGAAAAGCAGACUCGAUAUGGAGACGCUAACCCAUCCAAUGCAGGAACACACUAGCAUUGUAUAUAAAAAAAUCUACCCGUAA